GCAACAGCAGCAGCAACAAACUGACCAGCAAAAUGACUUCCACUGGAAUGAACAUGAUGAGCAAGAUUAUCUUCUACGAGGAGAGGAACUUCCAGGGCCGCUCUUAUGAGUGCAUGAGCGACUGCCCCGACAUGUCCUCCUACCUGAGCAGGUGCCAAUCCCUCAGGGUGGAGAGAGGCUGCUUCAUGGUGUACGAGCGCACCAACUACAUGGGCAACCAGUACUUCAUGAGGAGGGGCGAGUACGCCGACUACAUGAGCAUGAUGGGCAUGAGCGACUCCAUCAGGUCCUGCCGCAUGAUCCCCAUGCACAGAGGAUCCUACAGGAUGAAGAUCUACGAGAGGGAGAACUUCGGAGGCCAGAUGUCCGAGCUGAUGGACGACUGUGACAACGUCAUGGACCGUUUCCGCAUGUCCAACUGCAUGUCCUGCAACGUGAUGGAGGGCCACUGGCUGAUGUACGAGCAGCCCCAGUACAGAGGCAGGAUGAUGUACGCCAGACCCGGCGAGUACAGGAACUUCAUGAACAUGGGCGGAAGCGGCAUGAGGUUCAUGAGCAUGAAGCGCAUCACCGACUCCUGCUACUAG